GGUAGCUAUGUGACAGAGAGGGUGCUGCUUUAUCCCGGACCCCCCGCGUCUCGGUCUCCCCCGUCCGCUCAGGAUGGACCCGAGGAGAGCUGAACCGGACCGCUACACCAGCAUCAACCCGGUAUCGCUGUACGGGGAAUUCACGGUCACUGGUAACCGAAAAGUCAGGUGUGCCGUGAGCUUGACCGAGAGCGACCUCAUCGUCCAGAAGCUCACUUCGGCACCUGUCGGGCGGAACAAGGUGGUGCUCAGCCUGAAGGACUGCGUCGGUUGCCGGGCUUACCGGGAGGAUGACAACGCGGACCCGGCAGCGUACUUGGCAGUCUACUUCUACCCGCUCAAACGCCGCUGGAUGAGUUCCGGGGUGUCGCGGCAGAGAGCGGAGCAGUGCUUUCGCCUCGCCGCGCUCCAGGACCCGCGCGCUAACCUGGAGGAGGCGGAGAAGUGGGCUCGCGCUGUCCGAGAACGUUCUGCAGGGCAACGGUACCUAAGAGACGGGGUGUUGAUGAGCGAGUUGUCUCGUCCAAGCCGGAUGAUGCUGCUGGUGAACCCACAGAGCGGGAAAGGACACGCGCUCACACUCUACAACAACCACAUUCAGAGAAUGCUCAACGAGGCGGGAGUCACACACACUUUGGUCAUCACCGCUCCUUAG